AUGGCAUUUGUGGCUUUGAAUUUUGCCGGUGGUUGGCAUCAUGCCAAACGUUCCGAAGCCGCUGGCUUUUGCUACUUGAAUGAUAUCGUGUUGGCAAUUCAUCACUUUCUCGCCCGUCCGACGGACCUUCCCUCGUCCCGUAAUCGUGUCCUCUAUGUGGAUUUCGAUUUGCAUCAUGCGGACGGAGUGGAACAGGCAUUCUGGUACAGUGCACACGUAGUCACUUUUUCCGUCCACCACGCGGCGCCUGGAUUCUUUCCUGGCACGGGAAUGGAAAUCCAGUCCGAUGCGAAUGAUCGAACAGCCCAGUUCGCGCAUGGUGCUGGUCGCGGCCAAUUUAGCGCAUUCAAUCUACCCCUGGGUAUGUCCUCUCUCCGUUCAUAUUCGUCAAUUCACUUACAAUUCAACAAUUCUUAG